CUUGCCUCUGCUCUCCCUGUCUCUUCUUCGCUUUCCCUCCCUUCUUGCCUCUUCUUCUUUCCCAAUCCUGUCUCGUCUCGUCUCGACUUCAUCUCUCCAUUUGAGCCCUCCUGUCUAGGCUGUCUUUUUUCCCACCCGAGAAUGAGCCGGAAGCUCGCCCCCGAAGCCAAUCGGAUUCUCUUUGUCAAGAACCUCAACUACAACGUGACCGCAGAACAGCUCUUUGAUCUUUUCGGCAAGUUUGGUCCCAUCAGACAAAUACGACAGGGAAUCGCAAACAACUCCAAGGGCACCGCAUUUGUGGUUUACGAGGACGUACACGACGCCAAACAGGCAUGCGAUAAGCUCAAUGGGUUCAACUUUCAGAACAGAUAUCUCGUCGUACUAUAUCACCAGCCAGAGAAAAUGCUUAAAUCGAAAGAGGAUCUGGCGGAAAGGCAGGAAAAUCUGGAACGUCUCAAACAACAACACGGUAUAGAAUGACGUUACGGAUUUUCUUUUGUCAGUUUCUUUGCGUACCCUUUGCAGGCACAUCGCCGCACGUUAUCAUGGGCUGGUUGUGGGGUUUCUGGCGUUUUCACUCCGAUGGGUUUCAUGGCUCUUCUCCGUCUGGAUGGUGGCCGGCCGGUGGACGGAUCGCUCGCGCGGGUCACCGAUCCCUUGGGGAACGGAUACAGAAUGGGUUUUGUUUCAUCCUGGGAUCAGGUCCAAUUAUACCAGUUGAAUCUCUACUAUCAAUAUAAUCCUUCCAAUGGUCGACCACGGUCGGCGAUCUGACCUCAAUCUGUCUGAUUGCUUCUGGAGCGGGGUGUGAAUUGGCGAGUGCAAGACUGACUGUCCGACUAAUUGGUAGACUGGUCUACAUGGGUGUUUCUACCUAAUGUAGGGGUCUGGUGGAGUAUGCACUGAUCGCCCAACGGCCGGCUCCGACAGGCACCAGGCACUUCCUCUCCAUAGUUGGGGACAAGCCUCCUGUACGUAUGCCUAAUCUGGUUGAUAUGCAUCAUGCACUACGAACCCUGUAGCGUAUCUGAAGUCGCGUGUACUAGUACAGGGUAUCUUCUACAGUAUGUAUAGUAUCAUGUACAGUAUCAAUCUCGAUCAGAUAGGACAUGGAAUUUAUGGUGUCG